AUGCUGUGUCGUAACGAGAAGCUGAUGAGACAACUGAACAAGCUGGGGAGGAUAAUGGUGCUCCGCAAGAGGAAGAAGGGGCCAUGGCACUUCCAUCUCCAAUACAGCACAAAUGUCGGGCAGAGAUGUGCACCGAAAGGGAAGCAAAGCUUUAAAGAAAUGUGGAAAACGGUUGUUAGGCAGGAUUAUAUAAAAAGAAUUAUGAACAUUUUUGGAGAGCAGAAUUUUCCUCCUCGGCGUAACGGAGGAGAGGCUCGGGGACGCCCCUAUCCUUGUUACUUCGUCUUGGGGGCAGAAGGCGUGGGGAAGAAGUUUUUCAUACACAAGGCGAAGGACAUGUUUUUAAGAAGGCAACCCCAUGUGGGGAGCGAGUCAAAUGGAAAUCCCCCCCGAGGAGGAAACCAGAAUGGUGUUUCCCACAGGGUGAAACUCCAUGGAGGAAACGAUGCAACCGGAAGAAGUAUUUUCUUCGAGUACGACUUUAAGGACAUAAACCAAAACGAAUCGGUGAUCCCCUUCUCCGUGAAGUUGCACAAAUUGGAUGAGUUCCUAAGACACAGACUGAUGAAAGAAAUAAACAGCGACGUGGCAAAUGGAAGGAUAAAUAUGAGCGAUAUUUAUGAGCAGUUCAUCUUGGGGGAAAGAGUAAACGAAAGAGAAGACCCCCUUUUUGCCAAAUUCCCAAUCCUAUUCAAACACAUAUUAAACACCCCUCAAAUGUAUGAUUAUUUGAAUGACCAAGACAGGAAGGACAUCGCAAGGUGGAUAAACUUAUUGGAGAUGACAAACUACAAAUAUGAUGAUUUUCUUUCCUUUUUAAGCAUCCUUUUGAGAAAAUUAAAUGUAAAAUGUUUUAUCCGUCAGCUCAAUCAAUUCAGCGCGUUUUUAUAUUUUUUAAAAAUGUUGGCAGAGUGUGAAGAGUAUCAGUACUGUAUGGACAACUCGGAGGGAAUACUUACCGAUUUCUCCAGUGGGCUAUUCCUUUAUCGUUAUUUUUUGUCUUUAAUUAACUUUUUACGGAAGACAUAUGGAUACAAUUUCUGUUUCGUUUUCUAUAAUUUGCAUUGUUUCCUUUUGGGUCCUCAGCCCGCGCGCAAUUUCCACUUUUUUGCCAAAUGGUGCGAAGAAAAUGUGGACAGACACAACGUCCCCGUCAUUUUUCACUCCAUUAAGAACAUCGAGAUGAUGAAGUUUGUGUUCGUUUUCAACAAUCUGGUGUUGAAGCAGGUUGCAAGGGUUGGAAGCGGUGGAAGUGAUAGAAGCGCUCACGAAGAGAAAUCACCCCAAAAUGGGAACCCAAUGGGGCAGAGUCACUUCCCCACCAACUUCCACGACGCAGGGAAGGAACUGCAAAACUAUCACCUCAUAAGGGAGCACCUAAUCGAAAUAAACGACCUUUCCUACGACAUGGUCAGGUGCUUAAUCAUUCCUAAUUAUGUGAAGGACGAAAAGGUGGUCAAAUGUAUUUAUGACAUCAUAGGGGGAAAUGCCCACUUAGUAAAAACAAUCUGUGAGGGGUUACACGAUCUGAAUAGCCAAUUUGAUGAAGACGAAAUGAGGAAAAAAAUUGAGAUGGAAAAGAAGCAAAACGUUACUUACGACAUGGAUGAAGAAAGCCAAAUCAAUCUAAGGAGUAACACCAUCGAAGAAAUUGUGCAACAUCGAAAGUUGGAGCAGCAGAAAGGGUUUUUAAAAAAUAUACAUGAGAACAUUCUACACACAUUUAUCCUAGACUUCGAGAGGAAAGUACGCACUUUCUUUAGCCUCCCCAAUGUUGAGCGGCUAAAGAGGAGGGGAAACGACACACACCGUGGGGGAGUGCAACAAGUUGAAGGGGAGACACCAAAGGAGGGACUAACCUAUAUCCAAUUCUACUUCACCAUUUUUGAAGCUAUCAAAUACUUUUUAAAAAAGAAAAAAAUCUUCUGUAAAAAUAUUCUGAAUCUAAAUAAUCCCAUCUUGCUUGGUCUCAUUGACGUGAACAUCAUUCAGUACAACUAUGAACAUGGCUACCUCGAGCUGACCAACCAGCUUUACGAAGUGCUGCUUAUUAACUACAUGGAUAUGAAGUAUAGGCAAUUUCCUCUCAAGUACAGAGCCCAGUACAAUAUUAACUAUGUGCUUAAUUAUAAGAUAAUCCAGCACGAGUUUAACUUGCUGGAGUCGCAGGCGUAG